AUGUCAACGCAAACGAUUGUGGAAACAGCACGAGAGCCAGCCACGGCUCCUGAAGAAAUCGAGCUGCAACCCGUACCUCGCAGCACUGCAAGACCCGACGGCGAAGGAAAGACUAUUAACGAUGAGACAAGUCUGACAAAACUCAACUUGCUCAAGGUCAUUGCAGCGAGCAUUGCCUUCUUCUAUGCGGGCAAUAAUGACGCAAGUUUGGGAGCUCUUACUCCAUAUAUAUUAAGGACUUACAAUGUAGGCACGGAGUAUGUCGCUUUGAUCUACGGAGCAACGUUCCUUGGGUGGCUCCUAGCAGCCGCAACAAACACCCAUCUACACCGCUAUCUAGAUCUAGGAGGAAUUCUCACACUAGGCGCAGCCAUUCAAGUCAUCGCCCACGCGCUGCGGUUUUGGACUCCUCCAUUUGCUCUAUAUGUCGUCACCUUCUUCCUCCAAGCAGUAGGCAUGGCCUAUAACGAAUCCCACGCAAAUGCUUUCGUCGCCUCGAUCGAGGGCGCGCAUCGACUCCUCGGUUUUAUCCACGCCAUGUACGCCCUUGGCUGUCUGAUCGCACCGUUCGUAGCCACUUCUGUGGCUGCGAGGUUGGGCGACCGCUGGCCACUGUUCUACCUGUAUCUAGUGGGCAUUGGCGCUUUGAACACGGCGGCGGUCACUUGGACCUUCAGGGAUAGCGUCAAGCUUCAUCCGAGGUCAACAGCAAACGAAGAUGGUCAGAUUACCGAAUUAGGGAGCCGGAGGAAAGCCAACCGUGAUAUCAUUGAAACGCUGAAAUUACCAUCGGUAUAUUUGCUCUCUUUGUUUUACUUCUUCAUGCUUGGAACUGGCAUAACCGCUGGCGGCUGGGUCGUAGAAUAUCUGAUUCAAGCACGCAAUGGUCACCUUCCAGACGUUGGAUACGUCCCCGCAGGUCUUUGGGGUGGUGUUUUCCUUGGUCGCGUACUGCUCGCUGAGCCCACUUACCGGUUUGGAGAAAGGCGGAUGACGAUGGUAUAUUGUGCCUUGGUACUUGCACUACAAUUGGUAUUCUGGCUGGUACCGAGUUUGAUUAGUAGUGCGGUUUCCAUAUCAAUUCUCGGCUUCUUCUAUGGCCCUAUGUUUGCGACGGGUAUGUCAAUCGGCUCAAAGCUUUUUGCGAAAGACAUCCAACCGACCGCUCUAGGCUUCGUCUUUGUCUUUGCCCAGGCUGGCGGUGCCUUCUUCCCCGCUGUUACAGGGGUUGUUGCGAGCAAGGCCGGCGUCAAAGUCAUGCAGCCCAUCCUCGUUGGCCUCAUUGUGGCACUGGGAGUCUCGUGGGCUUUGGUCCCGAGGGUUAAAAAAAGGGGCGAAUAA